AUGCAUAUGUUUCCACUUCCCAAAGGAGGAAAGGAAUAUGACUUGACAAUCCCCCAGUUCAUUCUUCGAGGCAGCGGGACCAACGAGUUACCUCGACCUGCGAGGCCAAGCAAUGUCCCUUUCUUCAUUGAGGACCGUACUGGCCGUGGGGUUGUUUAUGAGGAGGCUCACUAUCGUACAUACGGCCUUGCGAACGCUUUAAGUUUAAAGUGGAACAUUGGCCCGCAAGAUGUUGAUUACGCAACCAUCAUUUGGGCGGUUCACGCACUGGGAGGUAUAAUAACCCCAGCGAACCCGGCAUAUACAGCAGAAGAGCUUGCAUAUCAACUAUCUUUAACGAAAGCAAAGCUUAUUGCCGUUCAUCCUGAACAUCUUAAUGCUGCUUUGGCUGCUGCGCAGUCCUGCGGUCUUUCUGAAGCAUCGUUCUUUGUUUUGGGCCCGAGUGAAAAACCGGAAAUACCAACAAUUGAUGAGCUUGUCACCUUUGGCGCCAGUCGCGGCGAAAAUUAUAGGGCCAUCCGACUCAAGCCGGGAGAGGCAUCGAGAACUAUCGCCUUUCUGUCCUUUUCUAGUGGAACAACAGCCAUUUCGCACUACGGUGUCAUUGCAAAUAUAAUCCAGAUGGCUACCCACUACAGAAUAAAUGAUCCAACAUGGCCAUCCAAAUAUGUGUCUCCAGGUGAUGUGGUUUUAGGAAAUAUCUAUGGACUUGUUGUUAUAGGAUCUAUUGUUGUCAUCCCUAAAUUUAAUUUCUUCGACUUCUUAGAGAGCAUAGAAAGACACAGGAUCACACACUUGUACCUUGUACCUCCUCAGAUCGUCCUUUUCUGCAAACACCCAGCGGCCAAAGGACGCGACUUCAGCUAUGUCAAGUUUUGUUUAUCCGGGGCAGCCCCUUUGAGCGGAGAGCUCAUGUCGCAAGUAUCGAAAGUUUUUCCCAACGCUGUCAUCGGCCAAGGAUAUGGUCUUACGGAAACCUCUACUACCAUUUGCUCUAUCCGUCAUGAUCGCAAACUGGGUACAGUUGGCAGUGCCGGAGAAUUGAUUCCUGGUAUCACCGCAAAGGUCGUAAAGCCAGACGGAACGUAUGCCAAGGAAGGAGAACAAGGUGAACUGGUGGUGAAGGGACCCAACAUGGCCAUGGGGUAUUACAAUAAUCCCACAGCCACGGCUGAGACGUUUGUGGACGGUUGGGUCCGGACAGGCGAUGAAGUCAUCAUAAAGGAACUUGAGGUCUUCAUCGUUGAUCGAUUAAAGGAAAUUUUGAAAGUACGCGGCUUCCAGGUGGCACCAGCUGAGCUUGAAGGACAUCUCCUACUUCAUCCUGAUGUCGCCGAUGCAUGCGUAGUAGGAAUUCCAGACGAAUACAGUGGCGAAAUACCCCUUGCUUAUGUUGUCCCUUCUGUCGAUGCCCUCAAACGCAUGGAAAAUAACGAAAAUGCCGCAGAAGAGCUGAAGAAAGAAAUCCAGAGGCAUGUCUCUGCUGCCAAAGUUCAGUAUAAAUGGCUUUCUGGAGGCGUAGAGUUCAUUGACGCCAUCCCAAAGAAUCCGUCAGGCUUCACGGAAAUCCUUGCUGUUCAGUGGAGUCACAAUAGACUCAGUAGUCCUAGUUUAAAAUACGAUGCUGUUGCAGUGCAAUCGAAUACUGUUAAUGUGGAUGCAAUAAGUGAUGAAGCAGAGCAGCUCCAUUCUGGUCUUGUCCUUGUUUUUAUCGUAUCUAUGAAGUUUAGACGGUCUGUUCAGCAGCCCAAAUAUGUGGAAGAGCCAAAGUCUAUUGCGCCUGCUCUGUUGUCAGAUCCAGCUUUCUCACCUGACCCGCAUCUGAACCCUUAUUAUGUUCUCAAUGGAGAACCUGCUGAGCCGCCAGUGGGCCACCCAUCUCUAAAAGCCAAAAAUCGAAGGCGACACUCGGAUUUCGCACAACCAAUUUUGGCCUCUGAUUCCUUCGAUUUCGACCUUAUACCUCCCCCCAACUCUCCAGUUGCACCGAGUCCUGUUCCAAAGGUUGCUCACUUUCCCUUUCCCUCCCACAACCCACCGCCUGUGGCAGCAGUGACACCGCCUACUACUCAACCACCCGUUGCAGCACACACUCGAGCUUCUGUGGCCUUUGCCACAGUUACUUUGCCUAAGGAACACAAGAAGCGACGCAUGCCGUUUCUAUCUCGUCUCAAAUCGUCUGUAGUGUCCGUAGACUCCCCUGCUGCCGUACCGACGCGGAAUGCCCGGGCAGAGGAUGAUGUCACCCAACAAACACGGCCCGUCCUCGCACCCCGCAAUGCCUCAGAGCCACCCAAAUCCUCGACGAGGACAAGGCCAGGGUAUCCUAUGCGAAGUAUGACCGUUUCUGGAGCUAGCACUCCAACAGCUAGAAGUGUGGGCAAAUCAAUAGCACCGAGUCAGAUAUCUAUCGCCCGCACCAAUGACUUGGACAGAAUUGAUGAGCUCGAUGAUACAAAUCCCUGGGGGAUUUCUCUACACCAUAAAGGUCCUUAUGAAGCAGCCACUCAAGCCUUGAAAAGUUCCAAUUCUUCUGCCAUUUGGGGGACGGGGACCAGUGCAUUUAGUGAUUAUCCUCGCCAGGCUUUGCAUGCUCAUGGAAAUGUAAGCAUUUAUCUCGUUGUUCGGGUUUACAUCCUUCUCAUCGUUUCCACUACAGCUUUACGUUCCACCACAAGUACCUACAGGUGUGUCAUUGAACCUCUCGCCAGGUCAAAUACUUCCCCGGAACUUCGAUAUUUCUCCGCAAGCGCAAUAUCCGCGCCCACAAGCAGCUGCUUCUGGACUACCAUUGAAUAG